UCCUAUAAUAGAAAGACUAUAUUUCAGAAACUUAAAAAUAUGAUUAACUUAAACAGACAAUAUGAACUACAUUUAACACAUGUAAUUAUUGUAAAAUACCCUUUUUUUUCUUAAAAAUAAUUAAUAUAAAACCCUUUUUCUUAUUACAUAAGAGCUUCAACCCCCCCUCCUAAAAUAUACAUACUCACAAGCAGAACAUUUAUUAUUCUUACAAAACUUAUUUCCCUUUUGUUAUGGUUUCUUGAGGAGUAGAGGUUUGUUUAAGUAAGAGAGAGAAAUCGAAAAUUUGAAAAAUCCAAAUUAGGGUUGAUUUGUGUAAAUUCAGGAAAAAAGAAAGAUUAGAGAAACACACCAUGGGAAGGGGAAAGAUAGAGAUGAAGAGGAUAGAGAAUAGGACUAAUAGGCAGGUGACCUACUCGAAGCGACGACAAGGACUAAUGAAGAAGACCAAAGAACUUGCCAUUCUUUGUGAUGCUCAAAUUGGCCUCAUCAUCUUUUCUGGAACCGGAAAACUUCAUACUUUCCCUGAAUCUUCCAACAGCAGUCUAGAGCAAACCAUACAGAGGUAUCUGAAUGUUCAAGGCAUUCAGCUUCCAGUACAUGAUAAUCGGGAAGAACUAUAUUCAGAGCUGCAAGCGCUAAGGGAAGCGAUUCACAACGCUGAGCUAAGGAUAAGGAACUACUUGUGUGAAGAUUUGGGUCCUCUCCCCCUUGAGGACUUGCAAAAACAUGAACAACAACUUGAAUUAUCCUUGAAUGUAAUUCGAGUACGAAAGAACCAGCUCAUGCAACAGCAAAUGGAAAAUCUUCGCAGAAAGGAACAACUGUUGCAGACUGACAACGGAAACAUGUAUCGUUGGUUGAUGGGAGGAGUGCAACUUCAAGAGCAGCAGCAGCAGCAGCAGCAACUGAUGGGGCAGACGACGCUGUUUAUCGAAGAGCAGCCAAGUAGCAGCACUGUACUUGAGCUUGCUACUUCAGUAUUAUCCCUACCGCCUUCAACCCACUCAUGACUCAUCCGAACCUUCAAGACUAUGAGUGAGUUGUCUGUUUCGUGGCCGUCGUGGGUGUACCUUCUCAGAAUGCAUAUGGAUAUGCCUGUGCUUUAUAUAUAGUUUUAGAGCUUACUAUUAUAAAUGCUUGCUAGUUGCUACUGCAUAGAUCUUGUUAGUUUACAAAUAAAAACCUGAAACUUCUUCCUAGUUUCAGAAACUUCAUCGUAGUAUGAUUUUUCUGAUUGUCUGUUAAACUUUAUGAUUUGAUCAAUACACUGUAAUUUCUCA